AUGGCAUCAUGCUUUUUAUCCAGCCUUGUAUGUGUUGACCCAGAGAGCGGUGUUAUUUAAAGCUGAACGGAGCGGUCAGUCUCACUCCAUUUCCUCUUUCAGUCAGAUACAAAAGCAGCAGCACUCAGCUGGGAAGAAGUGACCUCAUCAUGGCCAAGCUUACUCUCCUUGCAGGCCUUUGCCUGGUGAUGUGCCAGAUGGGCUCGGCCAUGGACAUGAUCUGUUACUUCACCAACUGGUCCCAGUACAGACCAGGGACAGGGAAGUACAUGCCAGCAAACGUGGACCCCUUCCUGUGCACCCACCUUAUCUACGCUUUCUCCAUCAUCAACAAUACCAACGAGUUGGCCACACAAGAGUGGAACGACGAGACCCUCUACAAAGAUUUCAACGCCCUGAAGACCAAAAACCCCAGUCUGAAAACCCUUCUAGCUGUGGGUGGGUGGAACUUUGGAGUAUCUCAGUUCACCAUCAUGGUGUCCUCACCAGCCAACAGACAGAGGUUCAUUCAGUCCUCCAUCAAAUUCCUGAGGACGCACAGCUUCGACGGGCUGGACCUGGACUGGGAGUACCCCGGAGCUCGAGGGAGCCCCCCGGAGGACAAGCAGAGAUUCACAUUGCUGUGCCAGGAGCUGUUAGCAGCCUAUGAGGCAGAGGGGAAAGAAACGGGCCGGCCAAGACUGAUGCUCACAGCCGCAGUGCCUGCUGGGAAGGGGACCAUCGAUGCCGGUUACGAAAUUCCUGAAAUCUCCAAAUACCUGGACUUUAUCAGCGUGAUGACCUACGACUUCCAUGGUUCCCAUGAGACCUUAACCGGACACAACAGCCCCCUGUACCGUGGGUCAUAUGACCAGGGAGAUCACAUUUACUUGAAUACGGACUACGCCAUGACUUACUGGAGGGACCAGGGCGCCCCGGUGGAAAAGCUGAGGAUGGGCUUUGCCACGUACGGCCGAACGUUCCGCCUCACAACCACGGACACCAGCGUUGGAGCGGCGGCAAGCGGCGCAGCGUUGGCUGGAUCCUACACCAAAGAGGCCGGCUUCUUGUCCUACUACGAGAUCUGUGACUUCCUCAAAGGAACCAGUGUACAGUGGAUUCCGGACCAGAAGGUUCCGUAUGCCGCCAAAGAAGGCACGUGGGUGGGCUUUGACACGCAGGAGAGCUACGAGACCAAGGUCCACUACCUGAAAGAAAAGAAUUUUGGAGGGGCGUUUGUCUGGGCUCUGGAUCUGGAUGAUUUUACGGGACAGUUCUGUGGGAAGGGGGUGCACCCUCUUAUGAGCCACCUGCGCAAGCUGCUUAAUAUUGGUAAGAUUUAA